AUGGAAGGGGUCGCUCCUCUGAGACCUCCGUUAGAUGCAUCAGGCGGCCCCGUUUCAGGCAUCCCUAAUUUUUUCAUGGACUCUGGAUCACUCAGACCUGCACCGUCUGCUCGACAACAACGCCAGAGGCUCCCAAAAUGAAGGUCCUAACAUUGAAUUUCCUGACAUGUGCGGUCAAGACAUGCAAGUCUUCGGCCAAUUCAUUUCCGCUGCACCCCAAGGAUGCUGAGCUCGUCAGCGACGAUGUCGAGCUCAACCCGCAGCUGUUAGUCAACCUGCUGCCCCGCAUCGAUUGGAAUGCGCUGCGGAUAACAUCGACGGAGCUGGGCUUUCCCCAACUGCCCGAGCAACCACCCACUGCGGAGGAGCUGCAGAGCGACGAGAAGAUGCUCAAGGAUCUGCACACGCUGCUCAUGGAGACGCAGAUUAACGAGGGCAAGCUGGUGUGUGGGAAUUGCGGCCACGAGUAUGCCGUUCGGGAAGGCAUCGCCAAUUUCCUUCUGCCGAGUCACCUGGUAUGAAAGGAAGAGAGAUUUGGGGGCAGGCUGGGGGUGGAGACGGUAAGGGCAUACUCUGGGCUUUGGUCACGGCGUUUACGAUUGUGAACUACGGAAUACUUGAGGACAAAUCACACAC